UGCACCUCUUUCAGAACUGUGUUUUAAAAACUGCUACAGACUUCUUCUUUUUUUCCAUUCAUGGCCAUGGUUAAGUAUUUCUACAUUGUACUCCAUAUGUCUUAUAAUGCCUCACAUUCUGUUUCAGUUGCUGCAGCUGAGGACGAUAAGGUUGUCGGAGGGUACGAGUGUCCCAGACACUCUGUUCCCUACCAGGUGUCUCUGAACGCUGGAUACCACUUCUGCGGUGGAUCCCUCAUCUCCAGCCAGUGGGUGGUGUCUGCUGCCCACUGCUACAAGUCUCGCAUCCAGGUCCGUCUCGGCGAGCACAACAUCGCUGUGAACGAGGGCACCGAGCAGUGGAUUGAUGGAGUCAAGAUGAUCAAGCACCCGCAGUACAACAGCUACAACCUGGACAACGACAUCAUGCUCAUCAAACUGAGCCGCCCCGCCACCUUAAACAGCUACGUCCAGACCGUGGCCCUGCCCUCUCGCUGCCCCCAGGCCGACGAGAGCUGCAUGGUGUCCGGCUGGGGCAACACCUCCGCCAACGGAAACAACUUCCCUGACAGGCUGCAGUGUCUGAGGCAGCCCAUCAUCGAUGACAGGAUCUGCAGGAACGCCUACUCCCAUCUCUUCACUGAGAAUAUGGUUUGCUCCGGAUUCAUGCACGGUGGUGCCAGCAGCUGCCAAGGGGACUCUGGCGGUCCUCUGGUGUGUAACGGUCAGCUGCAGGGAGUCGUGUCCUGGGGUUACGACUGCGCUAUGCAGGGACACCCCAGCGUCUAUGCCCGUGUGUGCCGCUACAACAGCUGGAUCAGCAGCACCAUGAGCAACAACUAA